CAUCUUUGUCCCUGGUUGUUAGCGGUGUAGCUGGAAAAACAGCUGCUUCUUUUUUACGUUUUUUUAUUUGGAUUAAAUGUCAAGCAUGGAGAUCGGGGCAGAGAUCAGCAAGAAAAUAAGAGCUGCUAUCAAGGGCAAGCUUCAAGAGCUCGGUGCAUAUAUUGAUGAAGAGCUUCCUGACUAUAUUAUGGUGAUGGUAGCAAACAAGAAGACCUCCCAACAGAUGGCUGACGAUCUCUCCCUUUUCCUUGGAAACAACACUAUUAAAUUCACAGCCUGGCUACAGGGUGUCCUUGAGAAGUUAAGAUCCGUUGCAGUUGAGCCAGCAUCCCUCAAAAAUCAGCUCCAGUCUGAUGGCGGUGCUGCUCCUGGGAAGAGCCGAUCAUCUGUAAGUGAAGACACUAAAGCAGAGGAGUCGAAGGUGCUGACUGUGUCCAGCUCACGCUCUGAUAGGACUGAAGCACGGGUGUCCAGUUCCGCUCAUGAGAGCAGGAGAGCCACCAUGGAGAAGAGCUCCUCUCGACUUACCUCCACUGUUAAGCCCCUCAUGGAGCCCCUCCCCUCAGAGGCUGUUAUUGACAUCAAACCAGAAAUGGAUGAUGACCUCAUCGCUGAGGACCCUGUAGAAAUAGGCGCCAACCAUGGUCGAACACGCGGCGCCACUGUUCGGCCCACAGCUGAAAUCUACAGACCGGGUCAGAGCAAGUUUACAUCACUAGGCUCUGCGGACACAUGUCGACCCACAGAAGGAUCCUCACACAGCAGAGGCAGUAGAACCUCCAGAACCGGUUACAGCAAGCAGGAGGAGUUGUCACGGAAACGUAAGGCGCCAGUGGCAAGUUCAGUGGUGCGAGUGAACCGAACGGCAGAUGAGGACAGCGAUGAUGUGGAGGAGGAGGAGGAUACAGGCUAUGGAGGAAGAGGCCUGUCCAGUCGAGUGUCCCUACCCUCCAAACCAGAGCGCAAACCUACUCUCCCUCCAGCCAAGCAAGCCAACAGGAAUCUGAUCCUGAAGGCCAUAUCUGAGGCUCAGGACUCAAUCACCAAAACCACAGCCUACCCCACAAUUCCACAGAGGCAGACUGUUCCUGUGGCACCUCGUACUCGCCUGGCCAGCAAUGAAGAGAUGACUGCAGCCAUCCAGCUGGUCCAGGAGCACCUCCACAGCCUGGCCCCCAGGGUUCAGGCCUACACCGCCACAGAGCUACCUCCGUCCAGAACACCCGCUUCAGCAAGAUCUUUAGCUUCACGCCUCCAGUUGGACUUUGCAGAGCGCAGUGAUGGAGGAGAGCAAAGUGACUAUGGCGUUGAGGUCACUGCAGGCAGUGAGGCAAAGACGUUUGACACCCGCUCCUUCAUAGUGAGUCCACCACAACUUCAAGAACCUUCAGCCAGAAACCAGCAGCGUCUUCAGGUCAGAGAGGAAGUCCAGUCUGCUUUACUCCGCACUGUCCAGGCCAGUAGUAAGGAAAGGGGCGACUCUGCCAGCCCCAAGUUCAUAGUGACAUUAGACGGCGUACCGAGCCCGCUGGGGAAUCUUGCAGACUGUGAGAUGGAGCUGGACGGUGUGAGACCACCCACAAAGGUCACGGAGGCCACUGUCCAUAUCAACAGGGAGCCCAAAGUCAGUGUCCUUCACAGACUGCAAGGAGCGGUCACGUCAUCAGAAGAUGAUGUGAUGGACGUUGAGAUGGUGGAGGACGAUGGCGUGCCUUUAAAGAGACAGAAGGUGAUGGAGAGAUGCAAGUUCUGGCCCGUCUGCAAAAGUGGAGAUGAGUGUUUGUACCAUCACCCGACAACACAGUGCAAGACUUUUCCCAGCUGCAAGUUUGGGGAUAAAUGCCUUUUCGUCCAUCCUAAUUGUAAAUACGACGCCAGGUGUAGCAAGCCAGACUGUCCCUUCACUCACGUCAGUCGCAGAAGCACAGUCGCUCCACCGCCCAGGCCAGCAGUGAAGCCAGUGCAAACCACAAGUGUGUGUCGCUUCUUCCCAGACUGCAAGAAGAUGGACUGUCCGUUUUAUCAUCCCAAGCCUUGUCGCUUCGCGGCGCAGUGUAAACGAGCAGGAUGUACCUUCUACCACCCGACCACAUCUGUGCCUCCGAGACAUGCCCUGAGAUGGACAAAAACGCAGAGCAGCUAAUAAAGUCCAGGGAUUCUGACAGAAGUCUGAUGAUCAUCAACACAUGAAGCUAUGGAAGAUGUUCACUAUCUGUGUUUAUGGACUUUCAUUUCCUGAACUGGCUGUUUUUCUAAUUUAAUUUUAACGUAUAGUUUUGGCUGAUUUUUAAGAGAUGUGUUUUGUAAGAUGAACAGUCAGGUUUCUGCUGAUGCUCUCAGACAAUUAAAAUGCUUCA